AGGCGUGUGAAGUUGCAGCCAGGAUUAGCCGUGGGACUGUGCAGAAGGAAGACAGUCCACAACAGGAAAGGACAAUUUGGCCUGUAAUCUGAAAUGAGCUUCCCUGUCAGACCCUGAGGAGUAGGAGAAAGAAAGGAAGAACUCAGCAGGAAACAGAAGUUUCACGAACGACAGUGUAAACAUGAGAACUCCUUCACAGUUCCAGACCUACGAGGAGGCCUCAGGAAGGGACUUGAAGAAGAGAUGCCACAGAAGAAAAAUCUUGCUCCUUCUUGUCUUGCUGUUCAGUGCGGUCCUUGGACUUGUGCUUCUCAUUUUCUUCAUCAUUUUUACGUGUGGCAUAGAAACCUGCAACACUGCAGCGUGUUUGGCACUCCUGGCAAAGCUGCAGAAAGCUCUCAAUGGCACCGUCGACCCUUGUGAGGAUUUCUUCAGCCACACUUGCGGCAACUGGGGAAGCAACCACACUCAAGGGAAGGAUGGGCUGCUGGGGAAUGUCUUUGACGUACUCUUGAAAGAAAACCAGCUGAUCAUGAAGAGGCUCUUGGAGGAGCCACCACUUGGGGCCAGCAGUUCAGCAAAGGAGAAAGCCAUACGGUUUUACAACUCAUGCAUGGAUACAGAACGGAUUGAAGCUCGAGGCGCUCAGCCCUUGAAGGAGCUCAUAAACGAGGUCGGUGGCUGGAGCAUCACAGGCUCCUGGAGAAAGACAGAUUUCAACCGAACUCUUCAGACCCUCAUGAGAAGGUACAACACAUUCCCAUUCUUUAAAGCCUACGUGGGGCCCAGCGCCUCUGAUCCCAGCACCAGCAUUAUCCAGGUUGACCAUCCAGAAUUUGAGUUGCCACCAGAAAGUCACUUCAAGAAAACAGUGAAUUAUCUCGAGGUUGUACGCCUAUAUCUCUCAUACCUGCUGAAGCUGGCAGCCCUGACAGGAGGGCACAAAAAUGUGACUACCAGCUACAUCUCCCCGGCACUGUCUUUCAUUUCCAACCUCCAGAAGGCAGUCACCCCACUCAAGGAGAGACAAGAAAAAAGAAUGCUGUUCUACCGCACCACCAUCAGAGAGCUACAGGAGGAGGCUCCUGCUAUUGACUGGCUGGCAUGUCUCCAGGCAGCUUUCUAUCCGGUGCAGCUGAACACGUCUCAGCCAAUUGUAGUGCAUGACAUGAACUAUUUGCGAGGCAUGUCACAUCUGAUUGGAGAGUGGCAGAACAGGAGGGAUAUCCUACAGAUCUACAUGAUACUUUGCCUGGUUGGGAAUAUGUCCCCUGCCUUGGACAGACGGUUCCAAGAAACUCGUCAAGAACUGGCAGAUAAGCUAAGUGGCAGGGCUGCAGAAGCCGAGAUGGUUAGACAUGAACGUUGGGAAAAAUGCCUGAGUGAGACCGGUACCUUCUUUGGUCCUGUUCUCGGAGAGAUGAUUGUGCAAGAGAUUUUCCCCCAGAAGGCCAAGGAUCUCGCUGGGCAGAUGUUCUCUGAGAUCCAAGAUUCCAUCCUCAGCCGACUGGAUCAAGUGGAAUGGAUGGACCACCAGUCUCGGCAAGAGGCCAAGGAGAAAAUCUAUGGGCUCAGAGUGGAGAUAGGCAAUCCAGCGAGCAUCCAUGAAACAAAUGGACUGGACCAUGAGUAUAAGGAGGUGGAAAUGCUGGAAGAUAACUUUUUCCAUAAUGUGGUUGCCUGCCUGGCAUUUCUGAGGAAGAGGCUCUCGCAGGGACUUGUCAUUCCCGGUCUGAAAGAUAAUUGGGAAGUGGCACCAUCGUGGUCUGUGCAUUCGUAUUACUCACUGAGACGCCAUGCUGUUGUCUUCCCUGCCGGAAUGUUCCGCCCCCCUUUCUUCCACCCUGAAUUUCCCAGUGCUGUGAACUUUGGCGCAAUGGGGUUCUUCAUGGCGCAUGAGCUGCUACACUCCUUCUACAAUCAUGUGUGGCCUGAGAGCUGUUCAGCCUGUGACAUGCAAGCCCUGGUACAAGGUACCGACUGCCUUGUGAAACAGUAUGAGAGGUACUCCUUGAGAGGCCAGCACAUCAAUGGCUCCUUCACCCUUCUAGAGAACGCAGCUGACACUGCGGGACUUGCCAUUGCUUACCAGGCCUAUAAGAACUGGCUGGCAAAGCGCAGGUGGGUGAAGGACUUACCUUGGCCUGGUGUUUCACAUCAUCAACUCUUCUUCAUCAGCUUUGCCCAUGCAAUGUGUGGGCACCAGAGCCUCGAGGGACUGCAGAACUUCUUACACAGUGAUCUGCACAGCCCCCCACCACUCCGUGUCCUCGGCUCUUUAAGCAACAGCCCGGAUUUCUCCACGCACUUCCACUGUCCUAGUAAGUCACCCAUGAGUCCAGCUCUUAAGUGUCACAUCUGGUAAAACUGCCUGAAGAGCUCACAGGAUCAAGAUGGAGAAGGGACGGUGUGGCAUCCCACCAGCCGGGAGAUAUUAGCAGCGGACGCAUCCCAUCUCUGCCCUUGGGCGUUGCCUUUCCUUUCUCUCCUACUGGCAGCUUUCAGGCCAAGGUGGAAGAAGGUUCUCAUCUGGUCACCGGAGGGAAGAGAAUGCACAGCAGAGUCUGCACUGCAGAAAGGCUCUAUCACUUUUUAAAAAAUCUCCUAACCUGCCUUAGGCAAGACUUGCUCUUGAGAAUGAGGAACUGAAGAUGAGUGGACGAGUCUCUGGUGACUCUGUGUUUCGUGGCUCAGUCUCAUCAAAAACACAAGUGACACAUUGAUUUCGCGACUGUUCUAAGCAUCAUAUCAAAGUAUGGUUCAUGAUAACAAGUUUGGAGCCCCACUUGCGGUCCAGCUCUGGCUGAGGAGUAAACCUAUUCUUGGACUACUUCACUUCAUACUGCAAGUGAGGACUGAAUAUAAUUUAACAUUCCUUCAUAUAAAACCCUUUUCCAUAUAAGAAACUGGAUGUCAGGGAGAAGGAACCGGCCAAACUACAAAAUGCUACAGAAUACAAUUUUUGAUGAGUCAAAUCCAGGUUGCCUGGACCUGUCUCACUUUUUCCACGGACAGGGGCGGAGGCUGGGGAGGGUGGGCUUUGGGAAGGGGAGGGAUUUCACCUCCAGGGCAGGCAUUAUCUCUGUAGUCUGGAGAUUGCUCAACUUUGGGAGGUCUCCAUUCCCCUCCUGGAGGUUGGCAACCCUGUUCCACAGCCACACAGCAGCUGCCAGGAAUGUCAUUUUUAGAGCCGGUGGGAGUCCAAUUUGGCUCAGGACUGGGGGGCAUGGGGGGGGGAGGAGGAGGAUAUCCCGCCCCCCUUCCCUAGGUAGUUCAGAACCCCAACCUGACUUGUCAUUCAGCCUCCAUCCCCUGAGACAAGCGAAUUUUCUCUGUACAGGGAUUUUGGCUGAGGAGCCAAAAGUGUCAAGGAGAUCUUGAUACUUUUAAAUCUUACAAAAAAAAUCUCCCUUUUAAACUUUAAGAUUGGACACUGAGAGAUCUCUGUCUUUUGGUGCUACGCCUCUGAAGAUGCCAGCCACAGCUGCUGGCGAAACGUCAGGAACUACAAUGCCAAGACCACGGCAAUACAGCCCGGAAAACCCACAACAGCCAUUUAAGAUUUUCCUUCAAAACUGAUUUAGCCCUGCGUGCAAUUUGGUAAUUCUGCAAUUCUGCUAUUUUUUGAUGCAUGUCUAUUAGAUGUAUGACAGGUAUUUCAUAAAAUUGCUGUUGUCUUGCUCUCUCAUGCAUAUUAUGGAUAUAGGGACAGAACCACAACUAAUAUGUCUGGAAAUACAUUCUUUUCUUAAUCUUGUAAACAACAAAUGUGCUCCAGCUAAGCUCCGGGACUGUUGUUCACUCUUGAUGCAAAGCCUUGCCUUCAUAGCUAUUUAGACAACAUAUUGCACGAAAAUGCAUGCACCAUAUUGAGACAGAAGCUUCCUCACUUGUAGAUAUCAUAUCUGAUGAGCAGAUUGGUCUGAGAACAAAGCAGACUUCUUUUUGGAAGAAAGGACAAAGCAAAUCCACAGGUAGGAAGAGUGGCUCUCUGGCUUAGGGGCCAGAAGGUGUUCAGGAGAGAGAUGAGCCUAAGCUCAGAGGGCAUCUUCUGGCCUCCACUUCAGAGGCGGGCUGGCUGAAGCCUCUCAGCUGUCCCCCCUCCCCUCCAAGGGCUUGACUGCUCCUCUCUCUGACUACAGGGUACUAUUGGCCUUCCCCAGGUGGUGAUGAAGGAGCAGACAUUAGCAUCAGGCUGUGAUGGAAGUUGCACGCUUGACACUUAGGGUUGCCAGCCACACUCUUCACUCCAGUGGGAGCAAAACUGAUAGGCAAAAUGAUAGGCACACCAUGUCUCCACGUCACUUCUAGUUGCAUCCAGAAGUGAUGUCAUGAGAUUCUUGGACUCCCCCAAUUUCUGCAGUAAAAACUAUAGAUAUAUGGGGAAUUCCUAGAGUAUUGUGUCAUGUUGCACAAUGUUGCUUCCUAUCCCCCCCCCCCUUUUGUUCCUGCUGCAGUGAAAAGCAUCAGCAGGAGCAGAGGGUGGGAAAUGGCCAGGGCAGGCAAUCCGG